AUGAGUGCUACUACAGAGAGCCAUAUCUCUCUUUUUGGCUAUAUUAAUAGCUUAUACCAUUACGUGUGCAAUUUAAAGAUUCUUAAUGGGGUGUUGCCAUCUAAAAACAUCACCCGUAAACAAGAUUCAACAAAACAAAGUAAUAAAUCUUUAAAAUCAAAUAAAGAAUCAAAAAAUGAUGAUACAAUUGAUUUAUUCCCAAAGUCUUUACAAUAUAAUGAAUUAAAUUCCACUCAAAUUAAACCAUGUUCAAUGGAAGUUAAUAAAUUGAAUAAAAUUAUAAAUUCUGAUGGUUCAAUAUCUUGGGAAAUCAAUCAUGAUGCCAAUAAUAAUAAUGAUCAUAACUUAACUUCACCAUUUUUAACUUCUACUGGUUCUACUAUAAGUUCACAUGAUGAAUUAUCACCAAAAUUCUUGGGUCAAACAAAUACACCAUCCCCUUUUAAUAUUAAUAAUCAACAUAAGCAUAAUGAAAUAGAUUCAAGAUCAAAUUCAAAUAUUGAACAAGAACAUGACCAUGACCAUGAUCAUGAAGAAGAUAAUGAUUCAAAUUCUAAUCAUUCAUUAGAUUUAAUUCCAGAUUUACCACAUCCUGAUUUUUUCGAUAUAAAAUCAAAUUCUUCACAAGAAAUUGAUACACCACAAUCAACUACAACAUCACCACAAUCAACAACUACAACAUCAUCAACAACCAAUAAUAAUGGUAAGAAAGUUUAUGUUUGUGAAUAUUGUAAUUCAGAAUUUAGAAUUAAAGGUUAUUUAACACGUCAUAUUAAAAAACAUGCAAUAAAUAAAGCUUAUGAAUGUCCUUUUUUCAAUCCAAAAUCUGAAAAUAAAUGUCAUCCAAAUGGUGGAUUUUCACGUCGUGAUACUUAUAAAACUCAUUUAAAAGCUAGACAUUUCAAAUAUCCUCAAGGUACAAGAUCUCAGGAUCGUUCAAAUACACCAGGAAAAUGUGGAAUGUGUUUUAAACCUUAUAAAAGUAAUGAAGAUUGGGUUGAAAAUCAUAUUGAAAAUGGUGAAUGCGAAUCAUUACCAAAAGGUUAUGAAGGUCGUGUUAAAAAUUCAAGAAGACGUAAUUAUGAAUUUCCAAAUGUUAAUGAAUCUCAACAAGGUUCAAUAAAAGAACAACAACAACAUAAAGAUUCAAGUAGUGUUGAGGAUUUUAAUGAAGAUGAAUCACCAAGAUCAAGAAAUUUAUCAAAUUCAAAUUCAAUUCCUCCAAUAAGUACAACAAAUACUUCACCAAUUUUAAGCAAUACUACAACAACAAAUACUAAUACAAAUAAUACUAAUCCAUUAACUCAACCAACUGCAUUAGAUUUAGGUUUUGGUAAGGCAAAUUAUCAACAUCCUGUAUGGGUUAAUGAAUAUGACAAUAACGAUGAAUUUAGUUUAGAUACUGAACAAGUCUUCUAUCGUUGGUGA